GAAAUUUUUAAAAUGGCUGCCGUCUUUAGAAACUUUCGCGUUACAAAAUUGUGCACAAAUGCCAUCCUUGCACGGUCUGUUGUACCUAGAGUGACCUGUGCGGCUUUCCUACACAAUAAACGUUGUACCAGAAGCCCACUGGAGCAGAAUCAUGGUUUAGUGUCAUUUAUAUCCAAGACACACCAGGUUACUUCAGUAAGACACUACAGUAAACCACCACUUACCAUUAGCAUGGUCAGAGAAAGAGUAAUCCUUGUGUUGAAACUAUAUGACAAAAUAAACCCUGAAAAGCUCACAGUUGACUCUCAUUUUAUCAAUGACCUUGGACUGGACAGCUUAGAUCAUGUUGAAGUUGUUAUGCAGAUGGAGGAUGAAUUUGGGUUUGAAAUCCCAGAUGAGGAUGCAGAGAGACUUAUGAAGCCAGCAGAUAUUGUACAGUAUGUGUGUGACAAAGAAGAUGUAUAUGAUGAAUGAUGCGAAAAGCUCAGCUAGGAAAUAAAUUGUACAGAAAGACAUUCACCCACUUAAUGACCUAGGGUUAAACAAUGAUAAAUCAAAGAACUUGAAUAAAAGGAGUGACUGAUGGCGUAUCCUUCAUAUGUACAAAGCUCUGAAUUACCAAUAGCUUUAGGAUGAAGUAAUAGAAUUGAAUAAUGAUACAUGUGACAUUCAGGAAAACUGAUUUGUUUUAAAUUCAUCUUUUGGGACCGUGGAAGAAAAACCUUUGAAACUUUAGAUAAUAAUCUUGUUUUAGCACAAUUAGCACCAUUGGCACUCUAGGACCUAUUGGUACUACAGGAUUGAUUAUAGCAUACUUUAUGUCCUAAAGUGUCAUAUACCAACUAAGAUUUAUAUGGAAUAAAUCAUCACUUGAUUGUCAUGUAUUUAGGAGUAUUUGUUUGCCAAAUAAAUGUUUGGAAUAUUACUACAGUCGAUUUAGUUAUUUGUAAAAAAUAUUGUCUCUUUUUGUCAAAAUCUACACACAUGAUGUGACAUGACCCCAUAAUAUCCCAUGAACGAAGUUCGUAGGGAUAUUGGAAACGCCUCUGUUCGUCCAUACAUCUGUCCGGGUGAUAACUCAAAUACCCGAUUUUGCUCAUAUUUUGUACACAUAUACCCUAUGGGGGUAG